CUGACAGUGACGUUUCGUUUAGGUUAUCAAUUUAUAUUUUACAAACAAGAGAAAAUAUAAACAGAUAAAGUAGGUGCGUUUUUUUAAAAUAAGAUAUAAUGGAUUUAAAUAUGAAUAAUUUAAACAACGCUGUGGAAAAUAAUUCCCUUAAAGUAACAGGUGUCAAUUUAAAAAGCAAAAUUGAAGCAAGCUUGGGAUGGCCUGUGGACAGUUUUUAUCUUACCCUUAAUGGAAGAAUCGUACAAUCAGAUACCAUUAUCCAACAUGCAUCAAUAGAUUCUUUAAGGAUUAUUCCCAGACUUUUUGGUGGAAAAGGUGGUUUUGGUUCCAUGCUUAGAGCAAUAGGAGCACAAAUUGAAAAAACUACAAACAGGGAAGCAUGUAGGGAUUUAAGUGGCAGAAGACUAAGAGAUAUCAAUGAAGAACAAAGAUUAAAAAAUUGGAUAAAUCAACAAGCUGAACGUGAAAAAGAAGCAAAGGAAAGAAAGAAGAAGAAGCUUGAAAAGAUGUGUGAACAACCUAAAUAUGAAUUCAAUGAUUCAGAAUAUGACAAAGAAAGAUCUGCCCUUCCAGAAAUGGUCGAGGAUGCUGUACUUCAAGGUCUCCAAGCUACUAGCAGCACUAGUGAUACCAGCAAGAAGCGCAAAACUAAUAAAAAAGAAGUGAUUAAAAAGAAAAAAGCAAAAUUAUGGGUUGAUGAUGAAUUGGAUGAAGACCUUAGUUCAGAAGAUGAUGGGAGUGGAGAAGAAUCAUCAAACGACUCUAAACAUGAUGAAUUUAAUAUAGAAAAGUCAUCUCAAUCAGCAAGACCAGUCAAUUCAUUAGAAACUGUUCCAAAUUCUGUGAUUCUAGAUACAGCAUCAGAACAAAAGGAAAAGGUUCAAGAAGCAUAGAAUUUAUUAUCUAUAACAAUAAAAAUGUAAAAAGCCAAUUUCAAAUUAACAAAUAAAUAUAAACAAUUUUGGCAACA